AUGGCUGCUUCAUCAUCGUUGCCAUCAUCUUCUUAUCCAUCCACAUCCAGCUCAAAAACGAUAUACGACAAUUUCUCUUCAACAACAGCCAUGGCUUUUGCUUGGCAGCACAAACGACAGCAACAUCGAUACACCGAUACAUGUCUUUUUUAUCCACCCGCAUUUAGUUCUCGACAUCGACAUGGCUACGUGCGUCGCUACUCUACAACCAGCAUUGAUAGCGGCAUGACUACCACCUCUACACGCUCAGGGCAUAGUAGUUUGCAUCGCAAAGCCAUGUCACUUGAUACAUUGCCAGUCUUAUUACAACAACAACAACAACAGAACGAAGGGUUUAACCCGUUUAUAUCAAGGCGCCAAGAAGAGCAACAUGAUGUGUCAAGUAAUAACAACAACAACAACAUGCCAUCAUCUCAAUCGUCUUUUUCAUUGGCGACCCACAAGAACACAGCUAGUGGUAUCAACGACAUUGGCCAACAGAAUGCCAUGGCUACACGGUCGCACCCGAUACCGCCACCAUUACAGCAGCAGCAACAGCAACAGCCAUUGUCGCCACCACCCCCAACAGCACGCAUGUCAGAGGAUUACUCACGACGCACAUCUCGUCAGUCCAUCCACGCCACCAUGAUUGACAUGGCUCGACCCUGGCCUACACGAACGAUACGUAUUGAACGUGAUUAUUCUCGAGGUGAUGGUGUCACUCGUUUCAGUACAGAGUUUCCCAUAGAACUUCAUGGCAAGAUUACAGCAAAUCAGUUCCAGCACACCAUGGAUACCAUCAACACCAUCAUGUAUCGAGCUGAAAAGGUGUCACUCAAUGUCUUUGACAACAUUAUGGAAUGCUUAACAAUAUACAUUUGGCCAAUGUUGGUUACUACCCAUUAUCAAAAGUGUAUCAAACAACUCGCACGCUUUAUCGACUCUGAAAAUGAACUUUUAUAUCAUGCCAAGGGCCUCUCGAUAUCCGAUCCUGUUCGUUGUGCUUUCCUUUUUCUCGAGAUCCGGAUAUACGAUUGA